GAGACCACAAGAUUUGGAUGGUAAUCCAUGUAAGUUCACAAUCUUAAUCCGAGGUAUGACUUUGCGAGAUCUUUGUAGGCCUAAUACAUGUUUUUUUUUUCUUUCUUCAAAUCAUUACGCUCUCUCAAUCGCGUGCUUUAAACUAGUUCAUAAUUUGUUCAUAGUCAAUAUGAAUGGAUUAUGGCGCGUCCUAAAAUUGGUUGGUUCAUAGAGAAAAAUGUGAUUUGCAAUAUAAAUAUAUAUGAAUGAAUUAGUAUCAUGGUCAUGAUAUAUGCUACUAUUUAAGAAAAGCACUGUAAUAUGAGAAGUACUAAAUGAUACAAAUUCUCCAAUCAUUAUAGCAUGUAAUUUAUUAAUUUGAUUGAAUCUGUCAACAGUUAAUUAUAUGUUUUAUUUGUACAUAAAAGUUUACUUUCAAAUUUACCUCUGUAAGUCGAUCACCUGAGAUUUCCUGGGUUAUGACUUAUUGCAAUAAUUAUUUCAUAAAUUAGUAACAUAUCUUUGCAUUGGUUUGAUAUUUCAAAUCAAACCAUGUACUGGGUGAUACCACGCAAAUCAAAUAGCAUAAGUUUUUUUACCAUCAUUUAAAGUACUGGAAUCAAUAAAUUACAAAUUAAAAAUAGAACUUAAUAACAAACAGAAACACAAACAAUUAAUUUGGGAAUAUAUUUAAAUAUAUCAAUCUUGCCUUUAUUGCUAAAGAUCACAAAAUAGCCUAUAGGGUAUUGUUAUUUGGGACCCCAGAGUAAUAAAUGCCCUCUAAAAAACCAAAGAUAAAAAAAAAAAAAUCAAUUUUUGUCCUGAUGAGGACAGUGUCUAGCAUUGUUGAAUAUCCUCAUUAAAUGUCGCGGGCCAGAGUCGUCAGCAAGUGUGUUAAGCUUGAUAACUGUAAACCACUGGGUGACAAACUCGACAUUGAUGGAUUGAUUUUUACACUGCUCUGAUGUGACAACAGAGAACCAGUGCCUAUCAAUGACUGUGAAUUGACCAUGGAGGAUGUUGGUCCCCCCAAUGGCUCCCCAGCACACUCUGGUUCCCAUGGCAAUCUCGCUGUCACAGCAGACUAUGACUACCUCAUCAAAUUCUUAGCUCUAGGUGAUUCAGCGGUGGGAAAAACCUGCUUUCUUCAUCAGUAUAUUGAGAAAGAAUUCAAACCUAGUUUUGCCUCUACCGUUGGGGUAGACUUUCAGGAAAAGAGAUUGGUACAUCGUGUGCCCGGGUCGGACGGUGUAGUGGGGAGGAGUCACAGAAUUCAUCUACAGCUGUGGGACACUGCAGGCCAGGAAAGGUUUCGUAGUCUUACAACUGCAUUCUUCCGAGACGCUAUGGGCUUUAUUCUGUUGUUUGAUUUGACGAGUGAGCAGUCAUUCAUCAAUAUCAGAAACUGGCUGACCCAGUUACAAACUCAUGCAUAUUGUGAGAACCCGGAUAUCAUCUUGUGUGGAAACAAAGCUGACUUGGAGGAUCAGAGGAAAGUAACGGAAGAGCGAGCCAGGGAUAUUGCAGAGAAACACGGGCUUCCAUAUUUCGAGACGAGUGCUGCCACGGGUCAGAACGUGGCUAAGGUUGUGGAGUGUUUAUUGGAUAUGGUGAUGUUACGUAUGGAGCAGUGCGUGGACAAGACACAGAGACCCCACGCACAAAACGGAAGACGACUACACAAAAGUGACAUGGACGAGCACAGUGACUCCAAGUGCUCCUGUUAACGAUCACUGCGAUGCACGUUUUGCUUUAAGCUCUCCCCCUCCCUCCAAUUCUGUGAUCAGCAAUCUCUUUGGUUUUGAGUCCUUUGUAUGGAUGCCCCUGAUUUAACAUUGUAUCUUUUUUUACUGUUGGUAGAUAAUGGAGAAUUGUGUUUUUCCAUAGAUAUAGGUGAUUUUUAAAAAAAUUUUAAAUUACAUGUAGUUUAAAACAAUUGAGAACUCCAAAUUUUGCUCACUCAAAUACGGGCUGGUGAACCAAGAGUGUAUCCAACACCCAGAGGUUGUUCACAGGUACGAAUGCUUACUGUAUAAGUGGAAUUUUAAGCGGGACACAAAUUUUAAAAUUAGUGAUCCCCCCCCCCCCCAAAUGGGUUUAUUUUUAUAUUUAGCAAGAAUUAUUUUGUCAACUUUAUAAUUCCAGGAAAUAUAGAUAACUAUUACCUUUAAUAUGGAAUAUAUAAUUGCUUUAGUGAUAUGCAAUUUGAGCUUUUGCUAAUAAUGCCAAAAUUAAAUCCUCACUGAAAAUUCUGCUUAUGCGCGGUAGUUUGAAAUUCUUAUAGAAAUGGAAUGAUUUCGAUUUCAAUAUCAGUUUCCAAAGAGUCAGACAAGCUAUACAACAUGUAUUAUACAUGUACUGGAAACGGCGGAAACACUAUUCUUGACAUGGAGCAUUACACCACAGGGUGCUCAGAGGAUUAACCUGUGUGUUGUUAGCUCACCUGAGCCGAAAGCUCAAGUGAGCUUUUUUGAUCGCCCAUGCUCUGUCUGUCCAUCUGCCUAUAAACUUUUCACAUUUUCGACUUCUUCUCCAGAACCACUUGGCCAAUUUCAAUCAAACUUGGCAAAAAGCAUCCUGUGGUGAAGGACUUUCAAGUUUGUUCAAAUGAAGGGCUAUGCCCCUUUUAAAGGGGAGAUAAUCACAAAAAUGCAAAAAUAGGGUGGGGUCAUUUAAAAAUCUGGGCCAGAAGAGCUUACAUUAACAUUCAAGUUUGUUAAAAUCAUGGCUCCCGGGGGUAGGAUGGGGCCACAAUAGGGGAUCAAAGUUUUACAUACAAAUAUAUAGGGAACAUCUUUAAAAAUAUUCUCAAGAACCACUGGGCUAGGAAAGUACAAAUUUACAUGAAAGAUUCCUUGCAGAAUCAAGUUUGUUAAAAUCAUGAUCCCCUGGCCUCAGGUACAUGUAGGUUAGGGCCACAAUAGGGGAUCAGAGUUUUACAUGCAAAUAGAAGGAAAAUCUUUAAAUAUCUUCUUAUUAAGAACCAUUGGGCCAAAGAAGUUUUCAUUUACAUGAAAGCUUCCUGACAUAGUGCAGGUUCAAGUUUGUAAAAAUCAUGGCCCCUGGGGGUAGGUUGGGGCCACAAUAGAGAUCACAGUUUUAUAUGUGAUUAUAUAGGGAAAUUCUUUAGAUAGGGACCAAGGUGACUUAGGUGAGCGAUGUGGCCCAUGGACCUCUUGUUUUAUAUGCACAAUCUGAUAAUGAAAUGGUGAGUGUAUUUACACAUGUAUCAUACUUGCCAAGUGAAUACACACCAUUUUAACAAAUAGAGCAAAUAUAGAAACAUACUAUGAUACUGUUAGAAACACACUAUGAGACUGUUAGAAACACACUAACACACUAUGAGACUGUUAGAAACACACUAUGUAGGUAUUCUAUUUAUUUUCUCUAUGUACGCUCCACCCAUAGUAAAUUGUAAUCGAGACAGCUCACGCACAAAUUCAUUGGUUAUUGAUUCAAGGGCCGUCCUGUUCUUUUGCCUAAGGAUAAGGCACUCUUCUCAACAGAGUUUUUCAUAAAAAUGUUAAAUGAAAUUCGGAUGCUUUAAAAAGCAUUUUUGAACUUUGUUUUCAUGGUACGUUCCAGCUCGUCAAACAUUAUUUCUGGGGAAAUUAUUUUGCAUAGUGUAUUCUGCAAGUCUUACACACACGUCGUAUAUAUAUAUAUAUAUAUAUAUAUAUCCAUACUAUGUAUAUAUAUCUUUAUUAGAUUGGUGUUUCUUCUGUUUGUGAAUAUUGUAUUUGAUCAUCAGCAUUUGCCAGUUUCUAUUAAGUUUUUGAAUUGUGUUUAUAUAUAGUUAACAGUAGCUUUGAGCUUAUGUUGGAUAAACUGCAAAUUUUUAACACUGGUUGACUUUAUUUUUGAAAUUAUUAUUUGAAAUUUAUUAUUGCUACACGUAGUAUACAUGUGAAUUCCAAAAAAGAUUUGAUCCAUUUCAUUUUUUAUUUUCUCUUUGUGGACUUUUUUUAUUUUCUCUUUGUGGACUUUUUUUAUUUUCUCUUUGUGGACUUUUUCAUUGAAUUUCCAUGUACAUGUAUUCCUAGGUUGUGACUUUUAUUUAACAGCCAUCUCAGAAUAUUAUGCGAUUUAAUUUGUUGUUUUACAAUUUUUUUUAAUUUAUAAUGUAGUUGAAAUUAGUUAUCAUAUGAAUUCCAAGUGUGUGUAUAAUUCCAUGUUUAUAUAAUUUUCUCUGACUGUCUGUCUCUCUCUCUAUAUAUAUUAUAUACAUACAAUAUACAUCACUUUAUAUUUUUUAAAACAUGAAUGGAAAUAUAAAUAUCAGCAAUAUUUGUCUAUAUUCCGGUUAGAUUUAUUUGUCUAUAUUCCGGUUAGAUUUAAUUGUCUAGCCGAGUAGCUCAGUAGGUUAGCACGUCGACUGCUGAACUGUAGAUAGCGGGUUCGAGUCCAGCAGGGAUUUUAAAUUUUUUCAAUUACUUUCUACUAAAACGGCAUUUUUUGAACAAAUAAAGUAAAUUUGAAAGUUUUCAGUUUCAAAAUAUUGUAUGUAUCCUCAACUUUUCACCCAUAUCAAAUUCCUCUGGUGUGGUAUACCUCCUUAAGAUUUUAUCACAGUACAAAGACUUUUAUUAACUGGGAAUGUUGGAUCACCUGUAAGCAAAAAAAAUUCAAUACCAUUUUCUUUUAUUCAACAUACAUGUACAGUGUGUGGUUUAAGAUGAAAAUACAAUUUAACAAGGUUUCAGCAAGGAAUGGUAUUGUGUAGACAUGAACUGGGUCCAAGAAAAAAUAUAUACAUAUACAUGUACACAGUGGAAAUUUGAUAAUUAGAAAAAAUACAUGUAUAUCUAUUUUCUCACAUAAAAACUUUACGUGUUAUUGUUAAAUAGUUUUAGAUGGUAUCAUGAUGAUCAUGCACCACUACAGAUUCAAUGGCAGGUACACUGGAAAACAUUGAGAUGAUUUUAUUGCAGUUUAAGGAGAUGUUUAUAUAUACUGUUUCUUUAUUGAAUGUUAUACGUAUGGCGUCGCCUCUGUUACUGAGUAUUUAAUCGUCGAUAUUGUUCUAGCUUUAUGAAACAUCCUAUGUAAUGUUAUUAGUUAUAAUUGUACUACUGUUCAUAUUAUUUGCAAUAAAUCUCUAUAUUUACAACAA